GCCAUAGAACAAGGCUUGCUGUGUAUAUUACAACGUGACAUGGCUUUGCUGCUGGAGCGGCUGAAUGCAGCCUUUCGGGAGGAUCCAGGCAUUGAUGAGUAUGCCUUGGUGCCGGCUGCAUGCCCAGAGCUCUUUGGUGCUGCAGGAACAGAGGACCUCGGAUGCAUCGCUGCCCAGCAGAAGCUAGCCAUUUCUAUUGAGGGAGCUUUGCUGUUGUACUUGCAUGCCUACCAGGUUAUGCAGAAGGCUAUGGCGCACGGUCAAGUGCAAGCAGCACUUGAAAGCUCCAGGGCGGUCUUGCUUUGCAGCGCAGACUGUGUGAGAGCGUGGGACUGCCGGGAACAGCUUCUUGCACAUUUGGACCUCGAGGCGGAGUUGCUUUUCAGCGCUCUUUUGCUUAGAACGAAUCACAAGAGUGGCGAGACAUGGUCACAAAGGCGAAGACUUCUCAGCAAGGCUCUUGAGCAGGAAGAUGAGAGACAAAGACUGCUCUCACAGGAGUUGGCAUUGGUGGAAGAGCUGGCCAAGAGGUAUGAUCAUCACUACUAUGCCUGGAAUCAUUGGGCAUGGUUGGAUCGGCAGUCAAUUGAGGGGCCGGCCAUGGACUUCCCCGAGCUGGCGUUUACAACACCUUCUCACUAUGGUCUUUUCCAUCACCGGUUGGUGCGUUUACAGCGACACAUGGGACACGCAGCAAAGGCUGCUAUUACACUGCAGGGCAUGGAAGAUCUUCAGCCAUUUGGUGUUGAAGCUUUCACUGAAGAAUGGAACUUAGCUCUCAAGCUUUUGCAGACCUACCCACACUUGGAGGCACCUUGGGCCUUCCGUGCACAACUCUUUGCGCUGCUGCUGGAGCAGGGUUUGAUCAAGAUCCAGGAUGUGGCCAAACUGUGGAAGGGAGAGGCCACCGCCCUGAGCACUGCCACGUUGACUUGAAAUGCAAUGGAGCAAUGGACUGCCGGUCGUGCGACGAAUGGUUACAAGAUAGGAAUGAUAUGGAAUGAUUGAUGCCAACAUAUGCAAAUCCAUGUCCGACAUUUGAGAGUCGGACAUCGCAUGAACAAUUUCUUGACUCCUGUUCAUGUGUCGUAAGGCUGAUGAUCAUGACUAAUGGAUUCUGGUUUUGUAGCAUUCAGCCGCAGAGUGGUGUUGGAAGCACAAUAAUAAAGGCAGCAUUAGCCAAUGGUGCCAUCCAAUAGUAUUUAACAUAAUGCAACGAGAAUAGAUACCAUAUUAAUAUAUAUAUAUACAUAUCCAUUGAAAAGACCGCUGGCUAGAGAGCAGCUGCUCUUCUGUAGAUGUUGGUUUGUGGGGAGCUCUCAGGCUACUAGCAAAGAAGUAGGGAAUGUUUCUUGGACACGGUAGAUGCCAGAGAAUGAAAGUACUGUAGAUUGUCCUUCUCCCACUCCCAUGCCAAUGUUGUAGGUUGAACGAGCACAGAAGCCGCAGUCACAGAGUUGGAGCUUUGAGACAGAAGUUGACAAAGGGUCAAGAGAUGAAGUCAAAGCUGAGGCUGAUGGAAAGUGCAGAAUCUCAAAGGUGGGCGCGGAGAUUCCAGGUGCACAUUUUGCAGGAGCUGGGAUUCUACCUGCUUGAAAGCGACUGCCGGGAGCCAGACUGCUACCUUGCGACUGGAUGCCAGAGCGGCAUUGGAUGAGCUGAAGAUUGUCAAGGCUGCCAUGCCGGCUGUUUUGAAGUGCAUUGCUGCUGAUCUCCAGCCAGACGGAGAUUCAUUACCUGGACAAAAGGGGAGUUGUGAUUCCGUUAAUUCAGAUACUGUAAUGAGAACAGAAGAUGGCCUCUAUGCCAUGCGCAGUUGCGUCAAAUUCAGUUGACCUUUGUGUGUAGCGGUUUGCUGGGGUUACAACACUGCUUGCUGCAGCUUCACUUGCCCUCUAGCAUUUCCGGGUCCACGCAACAGCUCGG